AUCCCGUAAACGUAAUCAUACCUGUCCUGCAAUCGCCCGUGACUUCUCUUAUAAAACAGAAAAGCAAGCUUUAAAAGCAAACAUGUUAAAGAUUAGCCAGUGGACUGUCGAUGCUUUUAUUGCCCAAGCCUGUCGAUUCGAAAGAUUUCAUUACUCGUGUCAAUCACAGUGCAGAUCACCAACAUAACCCUACUAAAGAUACUAACCCCUGAACAUACCCUACACCCUAACCUUAAACUGGUUUGGGGAGGAAAACAUGUCCACUACGUAGUGGAUUUAAUGUGUUAAAUGUGCAGCUCUAAUAAAAAUAUAGACCUCAUUCGCAAAUACUGGAAGUAGCUAACCGCGACCAUAUUGUUGACAUGACAUCUGUCCUGCUGCCCUUAGCAGCGCGCACAUUUGAGUUGAGGGGGAGCUUCAUCUCGUCGGUCUCAAGAGAAGAUGAGCUUGAUUGGUGUGUGGACCCACAUCAAAAUUAAAUAAUAGCUUUAAGUAAAGAUCCGUCCUUAUUGACAGCCGUAACCUAUCCGGAUAUUUAUAACGAUCUCGAUCAUACAGUAUCCGUAUAACGUACAAACUACAAUUUAUCUCAACAAGGCAACAUGAACGACACUCGUCUCAUUCGUGGAGGUGGAAAAACCAGUGCAGUUAUGCACUGCAAACGCAGCACAUUUAAAGCCCUUGCCUCCACGGAUUAUGUGUGAAACCUGUGGUAAAAUGAUAGGAACAGACUUUUCUGUGGGGAGUUGACUAAAAGUUUAGCCUAUUUAUCCUAGCUAGCCUGUCCUGCGCUGUCUCAACCCUGUCUCCUUCCCUUCACGUUUUCUGACAGUCGGUAUCUUAUCGCAUAAAUACUAACUCUGAUGUUAUCUUAUUGCUGUUGUUAGAACAGCCGUGUAUUACACUACACCAUCACGCUGUUUAAAAAAAAAAACAGUGAUGAUAUCAUGGAUAAUCCCGACGCUACCUCGCUUGUCCUUUGACAGACUGACAGUUUCCAUGGUUUCUAUGUCAACAAAAUGGCCGCCGCAAACACUGAUGACGCAGAUCGAAUAAGAGGUCUGCGGUUCAUUCAAGUUUUACUGCAAAGUCUAGUGGAUGGGGAGAGAGAUGAGGACAAUCCCAUUCUUAUCCGCAUCAAUAUCACUAAAGCUUAUGACCGAGCCCUCAAGAGGCAUCACGGCUGGAUUGUCCAGAACGUUUUCAAGGCCGCCCAAUACGCUGCGCCAUGCAGGUCCGAUUUCCUUAAAGCUUUAGCCAAGGAUCAAGAAGUUGCCGAGGAGGAAUGCUUAAGGAAAGUGUGCCAGUUCUUGAUAAACUUCACUGCAACUGUUGAUGCCAUUUAUGAAAUGUAUUCUGCCAUGAAUGCUGAACUGGACUACUUAGUUUGAAACAUCCUUUAAAGAUGUCAGUCUCUGAAGCAGUACAGUGUAUUCCUCUUUAAUUCUGCACAGUUUUCAUACUCUAUAUGAUACAUGUCCAAAGGCCUGUUCACACCAGGAACAAUAAGUGUCCACACCAAUGCAGGAUUACAUUCUAUUUAUUAUAAGCCUGCGUUGUCAUCUGCCUCUCUAAAGUCAACAUUACAUCAAAAUCGACCAAUUGAGUUUGUUGUAUAUUAUAACUUUUCAGUUUAGAACCAUUUCUAAAAAUAUAUCUUUAUUGUUAGGGUUAAGGCCCUGGUAUACUUUAAAGCAAAUCGAAGCAUGAACAAGUGUGAUGUCAUUUCAGACAAAACCAGGCCAAAACAAAGUUUGUUUGAAGUUUGUUUCAGCUUUCCAAAGAGGCUGGAGAGACUCCCAUUGGCCCGUGGGGAUUAUGAUGUGGAAACCGCUCCAGUUCAGUUCAUCAAGGUCAGGGGCCGUAUUCACAAAGAAUUUUAUCUUACCACUAGGAGUACUCCUAAAUCGCACUAAAAUAUUUUAGCUGGAAGUUUUCUCUUAAAAGUUAUUCACAGCGCCUUUCAGACCUACUCUCAGUAAUGAAAAAUGAAAACUCAGUUGCUACAUUGUAACACAUAACACAGAAGGUGAAAAAAUCUAAUCUUAAAGAUAAGCAUCAUAUAGGCAGAAACAUGUUUAAUAAUGAAUUAUAACUGAUUAAAAGCUAUUGAAAACAGAUGUGUUUUAAGUUGUCUUUUAAAAUCCUGCACAGUAGCGGCAUCUCUAAUGUGUUUAGGCAAACUAUUCCAAAGUUUAGGCGCUGCCACAGCAAAGGCACGAUCACCUUUUUUAUUUCGAUGUGUCCUAGGUAUUCUGAGUAGCUUCUGAGUCGCUGAUGCCAAACUUCGUCCAGUCUGAUAUUCAUUUAAAAGAUCUGAC